GGGGGAGACAUGAAAAGGUUAGGGUGUUACCAUAUGACAACACCCCACCCUCUCCUCACCUCUAACCCCCCCAAACCCACAGCCCCUCACUUUAAUGCUGAGCCCCUAACCCAGAACAACUGCCCCUCCACACAAACACACAGUGGCCCCCCUUUCACGUACCUCUGCCUCCCCCGUAUCCUCCUCUCCCCCAUCAUUUUGCUCUCCAUCCCUCUCUUGUCCAGACAGGCUGCUCGCAUGGCGGGGAUGGAGACGUUCACCGAUGGAAGCACUGAUAUCAGGAUGUCAAAGCCAGGAGAGGCUGAAAAAGUUGGGGCUGACUCACCAUUGGAGGGCACAGAUUCAGAGCGGAAUGGACCAGAAUCAAAUCAUCAGACUCAUUCAAUGAAAGCCUGUCCUUUUCCUCUGUCACCAAACCUGAGCAGCACCAAGAAUAAGAUGGAGGAGUGUGCUGACAUGUCCCCAGCCCUCCCUUCCUCUCACGGCCCGACCCCCUCACAGACUGCCCUGCAACACACACAGCUCAUGCUGACCGGCUCCCAGUUAGCAGGGUUGACAGCUCUGUUGCCGGCGCAGCAGCAGCUGUUGCUGCAGCAGGCUCAAGCGCAGCUCCUAGCUGCAGCUGUGCAGCAGUCCAAUGCAGCCCAUGCAGCUCACGCUGCCCACGCAGCCGCCCAAGCCAAUCAGCAAGCUCAGGCAGCUGCAGCAGCCAAUCAGCAAGCCCAGCAGCAGCAGCAGCAGCAACAACAACAACAGCAGCAAGCGGGUCAAACGGGGCAGCAGAAUCAGUUACAGUCCCAGGGACAGAGUACACAGGAGCAGAGCGCCCAAAGCGUCCCUGUCCCACCUCCUCCAUCCCAGCUCACCCUCUCCCAGCCAAUCCAGCUCACUGCCCAGGACAUUCAGCAGUUGCUGCAGCUACAGCAGCUGGUGUUGGUCCCUGGCCACCCGCUCCCAUCUCCUGCCCAGUUCCUCCUUCCACAGGCACAGCAGAGCCAGCAAGGACUCCUAUCGACACCAAAUCUUAUUCCGCUACCUCAGCAAAACCAAGGGAGCCUGCUCUCUGCUCCGACUAGAAUGGGGCUUCAGGCACAGCGAGAUAAGGGUGUGGAGGUGAGUGGUGGAGGUGUGACCACGGUGCCUUCCGUGACCUCUCACCCCGAGGACCCCAGUGACCUGGAAGAGCUGGAACAGUUUGCCCGCACUUUCAAACAAAGACGCAUCAAACUAGGCUUCACACAGGGAGAUGUAGGCUUGGCCAUGGGGAAGCUUUACGGCAAUGACUUCAGCCAAACCACCAUCUCCCGCUUCGAAGCUCUCAAUCUGAGCUUUAAGAACAUGUGCAAGCUGAAGCCACUGCUGGAGAAGUGGCUGAAUGAUGCAGAGACCAUGUCCAUAGACAGCACCCUGCCCAGCCCCAGCUCCCUGUCCUCACCCUCUCUGGGCUUCGACGGCGUUCCCUCGCGCCGCAGAAAGAAGAGAACCAGCAUCGAGACGAAUGUACGUGUGGCCCUGGAGCGCUCUUUCAUGACGAACCAGAAGCCUACCUCAGAGGAGAUCCUGCUGAUCGCCGACCAACUUAACAUGGAGAAGGAGGUGAUCCGGGUCUGGUUCUGCAACCGCAGGCAAAAAGAGAAGCGCAUCAACCCGAGCAGUGCCACUCCUCCUCUGCCCAACCAGCCCCCCGCAGCCCCACCAGCGCACAAGCCACCCUGCUACAGCCCUCACAUGAUGUCCAGCCAGAUGUCACAGGCCGUGACGAGUCUCAGCAGCACAUCGGUGACCACCAUGUCCUCCGUCUGCCCUCUGACUUCCAGCCUCACCUCCACCCACCCCUCUCUCAGCUUAACCCACACCCCACUCAGCUCCACUCCCUCCCCGGCAACUCCACCUCCUCCACCUAUUCCUCCCCGCAGCACAGCCAGCCCGGCCACCCCCAGCCACAGCACACUCAACCUUAACACAGGCUUAUGGCGAAUGGGUAAAAAGAAUGGUGACGUGUCUAACUACAUCACCGAUUUUGCUGCAAACUUGAGGAACACUGUGAUGGGAGUUAACACAGGGAUGAAUCAAGCCCUCCUCGGUAACAAUCCCCUGGCCACUAUCCAAGCCCUAGCAGCCAGUGGUGGCCACCUACCUCUUUCCACUCUUGAGGGUGGGAGCAAGGUGAUGCUGGGGGCUUCCGGGGGUCAAGGGGGGGGCAUCCCCUCCUCCCUCUUCCUCAACCACCCCGCCCUUCUCCACAUGGGCCAGAAUCCCAACGCCGGACUGGUCAGCACCGCCAUAGCCAAAGUCUCCCAGCCCUCGCCCUUCCCCUCGGCCAGCAGCAUCAGCCCCACACCCUGCUCCCCUUCUCCCUGCUCCAGCCCCGCCUCUUCCUGCUCCUCCAGCGAAAUGGCACACAGCCCGCCCUCUCUGGGCGGGGCCAAGAUCGAGUGACCCCACCAAGGGCCAAUCAGAGAGGAGGAGGAAGGAGGAUACGAUAACCUCGCCUUUCACACCAAAGCUAUCUCUUUCUCUCUCUUGUGCUCUUCUUUCGUUAUUUUUCUUUUCCUCAAUGGCUCUCUCUCUCCUUCUCUCCCAGUCUUUCGAUGCCAAAAAUACACAGAAUGAAAGAGGAGAGAUGGAGGGAAAGAGGUGAAAGAGGGGAGAAGGGAGAGAAAGGAGAAGAUUGAAACCAAAAAUCUUUAUCUAUCCAAAAAAAACCAAACAAACAAAGAUGGAAAGGAGGCAACGUGGGACCUUUUUGUCAAGAACACGUGAUGUCGACACGGCACCUCUCCACUCUUUCUCUUCGAAGGAAAGCAAACCGAUGACUCUUUAACGAAGAGAUGGUAGAGGUGCACGUCGAAGUGCAUAAACCAAAAAUGACAAAAGAAAAACUUUACUAUAUGACAAAGGAAUGGCGCAAGGACAAAAAAAAAAUGAAGAAGAGGAGGACUUUGCUUUCUUUUUUUUAUUGUUGUUAUUAUUAAUAAGAAAAGCUGCGGGUCUGAAGGAAGAGGAGUGGGGUGGAUACGUUUAAACCAAAAAUUUACCUGAGGAGGCGGCGUUGGAGGAAUACACAAUGACAAAAAACAAAAAAAACCCAAAAAAAUCGACAACCAUACCAAAAUCACAAAUACCAAAAACCAAAAAUACGGAGAGAAAAGCUUUAUUCAAAGGACGUGUAAAUACUGAAGCUAUCCAGGACCAGGACUCUACUGCUACUCUCACACAACAUACAUACACACACACACACACACACAUGCACACACACACCAAUCCAUUCUGCAUCGACUCAUCAUGUCUGCGUCUGCUCAUCUGUUUCCUAUAGGUUUGCAUGUUGGAUUACUUUGAGUGAUUUUCAAACGUUUGCUGUGUAAUAGCUCAUAUAUGAUUGUAUGAUAUGUUUGUCAGCCCUGCUGUAUCUUCGUGUGUGUUUAAGUCUCUUUACCUACCUCUGGUCACAAGAGCAUAGGAUAGUUUGACUUUAACUUCAUAGCAGGCCUGACAUAUUUUACACUUUGAGAAGAUUUUUUUUCUUUUCUUUUUUUGUUAACUAUUUAUUAGUGCCAUUAUGAACGAUUUAGCUCCUAUUUAUUUUUGUAUGCUGUUGUAGUGUUAGCUUUGGUGUGUGAGUCAUUGUCAUUGUCAUCGUCAUCUUCAGGGUUUCCGCCAGAGCAGAGAACAAAAAGCUGUCGGGUCCAGCUGGGGAUUUAAGGUGGCGCUCGGUUAAAGGUGGCGUUCAAUGGCUCCUCGCCCGCCGUCGUGCACGGCCUACUGGCAGGACAGCAGGACUGUGUAGGUGUGGCUUCUGCUAUUUCUGUGCUGAUGGUGAGAAAACGGUAGAAAGGGAGGCACAGUGCGUUUCUUUCUCCUCUUAACAUGAAGAUAAAAUAACGUAGGCUCAGCGGGAGAGCGCGGCUAACCUUGUUUACAUAACCAAAAAAAAAAGAUCCGAGCCAACAGCUUCGGUCUUUAAAUAAGUAGAGUAAAAAGUUGCCCCUCAGUUUGGACCCAGAGAUCCCGCGGGGGGCUGGCAAUACACUGACGGAAACCCUGAUCUUGAUCUUCAUCGUGCACGUACACAGUCUUCAUCUGGCAUCUUGUUUUUAAUGUGACCCUUCUCUGCAGGAACAUACAUUACAGCAAUGAUAAAAACGCUCAUCUCAGCCCUCACCAAGUGCCAAUAGUUCAAAGAUAAAGAGUUGGCACACUGAGUUGAUUUCAAGGAGUGACUGAAUUUUUUUUUUUUUUUUUUUUCUUAUCAAGACCUAAACAUUUUCUGUUGUGCUUAAUCAGACCCGCUCUUUGCUCGGUCUUAAAGAUAACCCAUUAUCGGUGACUCCACGGCUUAAAUGAACACGCCCUGCUAAACUUCACAUUCUGAAAAUGAUGUUUGUAAAGAGUGGUGAUCGUUUGGAAAGUAUGAAAUGAGGCUGUGAUUGGAGAUUUACAGGAAUCACCGUUUGAGAUUGAAGGCUAAACAAGUCAAUAAAGCCAAGUUUAGUCACA